UGAUAGAUUUGGUUUCAUAAGCCCCCCCCCCCCCUCCAGUAGAAAGUAGCUCCACUGACAAUGGAUGACAGCAAGGUUAGUGGAUUAUCCAUGGUUACAAGAUCAUUUAUUUUGUGAACAGAAAAAAUAAAAUAUCAUUAACUUCAGUUUAUUGUACGAGGAGAGGAGGCAGAAAUCUCAGACACAUAUAGGACUAGAAACUACAAGAGCUGAAGGAGCAAACAUGUCUUUUCUGUAAUUAAAACAAAACAGAUCUUAAAGGACGUAAGGAUCAGAAGUUAAAAACCAGAAACAUUCUCAUCAACAAAAACAGCUCUUGCUGCCACAAACUGUGACUGUCAGUCAAAUGUUUUCUGGUUUGUUGAGGAAAACCGUUUUUAACUUUUUUUUGCAGAAAAACAAAAAUGAAAGAAACAUUUUUGCACAAGCACGUUUCAGAGCGCUGUUCCUCUCUACCCAAAAGUCAGACUGGGACAGAGGAACUCAUCAUCGAUCACCAGGCCGGGGUCAGCGACAGUGACAUGACGCCGCGACACACAUCCCAAACACAAACAGCGCUGAUGUCAUGAUUUCACCUCUGUGGCUUUGGCACCGACGUUUUCUCCUGAACAGAACCUGAAUUCUGGCUCAUGAUUAUUCAUCUUUUCAACAGGAUUUUUGUCAGAAUCAUUAAGAGAGAAAUAUCGAUCUGAUAACUUACCCCCCCCCCCCCCCCCCCCCCCCAACCCCCACCCCACCCUGAUGAAGCGUGCUGUGGCCUGGAGCUGCGAAUAAAUUGCUUGUGUUGCUGUGUCACGCACAUGUGCUGAACUGGGUGAACACACUGACACACAUAACGGCAUGUGGAGUCUAAACUGAAUUCUUAACACUGGUGCUUCAGAUCUGACAGAUGUCUCUGAUUGGAGCAGCUGAAAGGAACCAAAUAAAGUAAAAUAAUAAAAUAAACCUGCAGUUUGAUCAAAUAACUGAGUUUUUACUCAAACAGCUGUUUCACCCCCCCCAGUCUCCCACAGCUGUCUGAGGGCCUCCUCACCGAAUCAAUGUCACGCAGCAGCCGUUGAUACCCAAGGAUAGGAAAGUGAGAAUCAAAGUGGUAGCCAUGGAAACAACCCAGGCCUGUUUCCACCCACCGAUCGAUGAAGUUCUGUGAGUCUGUAGUGUGUGUGUGUGUGUGUGUGUGCGUGUGUGUGUGUGCAGAGGAGAGGAGAGGAGAGGAGAACCCCCUGUCCCACAUUCACACAGACACCUUUGUCCUCCACAGCCGAGCAGACAGACGCAGAGAGAAGAAGAGGAAGACGACUGAGAGAAGAUGGUGAAACGCGCUGCUCAGGUGCAUGCUGGGAUGCUGUUAGUGGCCCUCUGUCUUCUGCUGGGGGCAGCUGCUGCAGGCAUACUGAAAGUUGACGGUGCCCAGGAUGGAGGUGGCAGCGGCGGGGACACCAUCAGCCACUCCCUGACCCUGGUGCAGCGUUUGGAGGCCCUGCUGGUUCAGGGGAACGGCAGCGACGUGUCGCUGCGGGUGGAGACGCCCAGCGCGGACGAGGUGAAGACGAUCCAGGCGCACUCUCUGGUGCUCUCCCUGCAGAGCCCCGUGUUCGAGGAGAUGCUGCUGAGCCGCAACGGCAGCACGCUGGUCUUGAAGGAGAGCGCCGACUGCGCCGCCGUGUUUGACAAGUUCAUCAGAUAUCUGUACUGUGGAGAGAUUUCUCUGCGUCUGGAUCAGGCCACGCCUUUACACAAGCUGGCAACUAAGUACCAGGUGCUGGGUCUCCAGCAGGGCAUCACCCAGUACAUGACCCAGAACCUGGCCCGGGACUCCCCCUCAGGCCACGUGGCGGGCUGGUACGAGUACGCCCAGCAGGCCGGGGACGAGACUCUGCGGGACAGCUGCCUCCAGUAUCUGGCCUGGAACCUGACCUCGGUGCUGCAGAGCGGAGAGUGGGUGACCAUCAGCAGCCAGCUGCUCAUGUCGCUGCUGCAGCGCUCGGACCUGAUCCUGCAGAGCGAGAUGGAGCUGUUCUCAGCGCUGGAGGCCUGGAUUAUUCAGAACGAGCCGGACAGUCUGACGGCAGAGAACGCUCUGAGAGCUGUGCGCUACGCCAUGAUGCCUCCACGAGACCUCUUCCGCCUGCAGACCCAGUCCACAGUCCUGGCUCGGUAUCAGGAGUCAGUGCGCGACCUGCUCUACAUGUCCUACCAGUUCCAUUCAGCCUCGCCGCUGCACAUGGCCAAGUACUUUGACGUGAACUGCAGCCUCUUUAUGCCCAGGAACUACCUGUCGCCGGUGUGGGGGUCGCCCUGGAUCAUCAGCAACCCCACGCGUGACGACCGCAGCACCAGCUUCCAGACCCAGCUGGGGCCCAGCGGCCACGACGCCAGCAAGCGGGUCACAUGGAACGCCUUGUUCUCACCUCGCUGGUUACCCCUCAGCAUGAGGCCCAUGUACACAGAGACGGGCGCCAUGCAGCCGACCCGGGUGGAGGGAGGGCGACCACGCAUCAUCAUCACCCCGGCCACGUCCAGCGCCGACUUUGCCGGGGUGAACUUCCAGAAGACGGUGCUGGUGAUGGCGGAGCAGCAGGGGAAGGUGGUGGUGAAACACGUCUACAACUUCCACCAGAGCACCGAGGAAAGCGGAGAUUUCUUAGCUGAGGCCGACCUGUACCGCCGGACCUCUGAGUACCUCAUUGACAGCUCCCUCUUCCUCCACAUCGUGGUGAAGCCACUGUACCAGACCCUCAUAAACACCAAGAACUGACCCCCCCCCACCCUCCUCCCCGUGUGACCA